GUCAGAGCUAGCCAAUCACCGGGUAAGGUAGUGUUCUCGGUCCACCUACUACAGAAUCGGCGCCCCGGGUUGGAGGACGGAUGACUCCCCCCGGCUGCUUCGCGCUCUGUGUGAGGAGGAGACCGGUUUUCAGAGAGCCGCAGUGGCCGCACUGGGAGUACAGUGGCCGGGGGAGAGCCCGCAGUGCUGAGCCGUGCCAGAGCGCUGAACAUUAUGGCGGUGGAGGAGGAGGGUAUCCGUGUCUUUCAGAGUGUGAGGAUCAAGAUAGGUGAAUUAAAAAAUCUACCUUCGUAUCCGGGACCAAACAAGAUGCGAGAUUGUUACUGCACUGUGAACUUAGACCAAGAAGAGGUGUUCAGGACCAAGAUAGUGGAGAAGUCACUCUGCCCAUUUUAUGGAGAAGAUUUUUAUUGUGAGAUUCCGCGAAAUUUCCGCCACCUUUCCUUUUACAUAUUUGACAGAGAUGUUUUCCGGAGGGAUUCCAUCAUGGGCAAAGUUGCAAUACUGAAAGAGGAUCUACAGAAGUACAACAACAGAGAAACCUGGUUUCAAGUGCAACAUGUGGAUGCAGACUCUGAAGUACAGGGAAAGGUGCACCUGGAGCUCAGGCUGAGUGAAGUUAUUACAGACACGGGUGUCAUUUGUCAUAAGCUUGCAGCAAGAGUGUUAGAAUGCCGCGGCCUACCCAUUGUCAAUGGUCAAUGCGAUCCUUACGCUACUGUAACUUUACUGGGACCAACACGGACAGAGUCAAAGAAAACUAAAGUCAGAAAGAAGACUAACAACCCACAGUUUGAUGAAGUGUUUUAUUUUGAGGUGACCAAGCCAAGUAGUUACAACAAGAAAUCUCAUUUUGAAAUAGAAGAGGAUGAUGUGGACAAAAUGGAGAUUAGAGUUGAUCUGUGGAAUGCAAGUAACCUGAAGUUUGGUGACGAGUUUCUUGGAGAACUCAAAAUUCCACUAAAGGUCCUGCGACAAUCCAGCUGCUAUGAAGCGUGGUUCCUGCUUCAGCCCAGAGAUAACGGCAAGUCAGGCAAGCCAGAUGAUCUAGGCUCGUUGAGGUUAAAUGUGGUUUACACUGAAGAUCAUGUUUUUUCCAGCGAGUACUACAGCCCCCUCAUGGACCUCUUGUUAAAAUCUGGUGAUGUUGAUGGUAUGUCUCCGACAAAGAUAUUGAAACUCUCGGAUCCAAGUACAUCUUCACUGCCUGUUUCCGCAUCUGCCGCACAUGUGUUGGGAGAAGUCUGCAGAGAAAAGCAGGAGGCUGCAAUACCACUGGUCCGGCUUUUCUUACAUUUUGGGAAGAUUGUGCCUCUAAUCAGUGCAAUUGCAAAUGCUGAAGUGAAUAGAACACAAGACCCAAACACCAUUUUCAGAGGGAAUUCACUCACAUCCAAAUGCAUUGAUGAGACCAUGAAGUUGGCUGGAAUGCAUUAUCUUCAAGUUACACUAAAGCCAAUUAUAGACGAGAUCUGUGAAUUACAUAAACCCUGUGAGAUUGAUCCUGUGAAGUUAAAAGAUGGAGAAAACUUAGAAGCCAACAAGGAGAAUUUGAAGAAUUAUGUUGACCAGAUCUUUAACGUCAUCACAAAAUCGGGUGUUAGCUGCCCAACUGUUAUGUGUGACAUCUUCUUCUCUCUAAGAGAAUCAGCCGCAAAGCGUUUUCAAGGCGACUCUGAUGUAAGAUUCACAGCUGUGAGCAGCUUCAUUUUCCUGCGGUUCUUUGCACCUGCCAUCCUGUCUCCUAACCUCUUCCAACUCAGCCCUCACCACCCAGACCCACAAACAUCCAGGACCUUGACGCUCAUCUCCAAGACUAUACAGACUUUGGGCAGCUUAUCCAAGUCCAAAUCUGCUAGCUUCAAAGAGACCUUUAUGGCUGCCUUUUAUGACUACUUUAAUGAACAGAAGUAUGCCGAUGCUGUUAAAAAUUUCCUGGACCUGAUUUCAUCCUCUGGCAGAAGAGAUCAUAAAAGUAUAGAGCAACCUAUUCUGCUCAAGGAAGGGUUUAUGAUCAAAAGAGCCCAAGGGCGGAAGCGAUUCGGUAUGAAAAAUUUCAAGAAGCGAUGGUUUCGGCUUACUAACCAUGAGUUUACAUACCAUAAAAGCAAAGCAGCUGAUCACCCACUAUGCAGUAUUCCAAUUGAAAACAUUUUAGCUGUAGAGAAAGUAGAAGAGGAAUCCUUCAAAAUGAAGAAUAUGUUUCAAGUUAUUCAGCCAAUACGUACUUUGUACAUUCAAGCAAAUAACUGCGUUGAAGCUAAGGAAUGGAUAGAUAUACUCACCAAAGUCAGCCAGUGUAACAAGAAACGCCUCACUGUUUACCAUCCCUCAGCCUACCUGAAUGGCCACUGGUUAUGCUGCAAGGCUACUUCAGAGAACGCCCCUGGCUGCACGCCAUGUACUGGGGGUCUGCCAGCAAAUAUCCAGCUCGUCAUUGAUGGUGAUCGAGAAACCGAACGUAUUUAUUCUCUCUUUAACAUCUAUAUGUCCAAGCUAGAGAAAAUGCAAGAGGCCUGUGGUAGUAGAUCUGUGUAUGACGGCCCGGAACAGGAGGAGUACAGCAGCUUCAUUAUUGACGACCCUCGUGAAACCUAUAAGACACUAUGUAGCAUCAUUGAAGCUGUGAAGAUGUUGGAAGAGGAGCAUGCUCAGUACAAGAGGGAUAAGUUCAAGAAGACAAAGUAUGGAAGCCAGGAACAUCCAAUAGGAGACAAGAGUUUCCAGACCUACAUCAGGCAACAGUCUGCGGUGUCUACACAUUCCAUUUGACUUGUCAUAGGAUGCACUUCAAGGAUUAAAAAAGGAAAUGGCUCUUUUUACUCCAGGUGUACAUAGGAGAGUGAAGUCCUCCUGAGAUUCAGCGAUGUAACACAGUGCAUGGAACUCACAAGUUAAGAUGGGCUGAGUUUUGGUGUGUGUUUUGAGGGCUGUUACAAGAGUUGCAGUGCACUUUAUUCAUCUGACAGCAGAUGACAGAACUUUUGUUUUCUUCUUUUGCUUGUAUAACCCAAAUGACUGCAGGAGGGUCAGUUCAGUGAACUGCUCCACAGAGGUGCCACUUGCCUUCCUCCUCCUUUGAUACAACAUGCAUUCCUUGAACAGUUCAGUAAACAUUGACUUUUUUUUUACUUGAGUUUUCUGUCACAAGAGGGCGCAGCGUUACUCUUCUUUCUGCCUGGUUCUUACUCAGGACUGCACUGUAAAUACUGGAAACAUUAAGAAUGUGGAGAUGAAUUAACUUGGCCAAUACAUCCAGGAAGAUUCAUUCUAGUCAAUGUUACUUAAUAGAAAUACAUUAGUUUUGAUAGACUAUUUAGAGUUUAUUAUGUACAGUUGAAAUAGUCUAAUAUGGCGCUAAUAUGCUCCAGCAACACAUGGACCCUCUGUACCACCACGUCAUGUUAUUAUGUGGCAAACCUUUCCUUACAUUGACUUGUUCUUUAUGUUCUGCACAAAACAAAUAUUGUCCUUCUCUAUAUGUUUAAAGCAUCAUAAAAAAAACAUAUGUACUUCAUAAGCACUGGGCUGCUGAUGGUGGCCAUUUAAUGUAGGAGAGGCCUGUAUAUUCCAUACCGGUCACGGAUGUCCUGCCUCCUAUUGCACCAUAUAGAUACUGUAGGAAGACUGUAGCAUUCAUUUCUCCAUUUGCCUCAAUAUUAUUAUAUUGCUGUAUUAUAUUGGCCUUUCAUGCCAUGCCAUAUUCUUGCCUAUAGAGACUGUUAUAACCACUGGACCAUGGCACACAAAUUGAAGAAAUCUGAAGUGUACUGAUACUUUCAACGUUACUUACUGUGCCAAAGACCACCUGUGCGUCUGUUCUUUUAUAGUCCUGUUACGUUGGUUGAUUAUCUUACAUGUUUGCUGCUUGUAUAACCCAAAUGACUGCAAUUUACACACUAACAUGGGCAAAUACAGUAAAUUCCCUGUCCACAUAAAAUUUGACAGCAUUGUAAAUCCUAAUGGGAUUGUAGGUAUUUACAUUGCCCAUGUAGCAUUGUGCACAUAGCAUGUCUCUACAUCUAGCAAUACUGUACAUCACCUUUACAUAUAGGCUCAUAUUGGGAUAACAACAGGGCAAUUUCCACUCCUUGGUGCUGUCCCCUCCUAAUCUUUGGUUUAGGUGGUAGCUGAUGUCCAUAUGUUUAACAAAUUACAUUUAUUAAAUGAAAAAUAUUAAAAAUAUCUUCUUGCACAAAUCCCCAGCUAUUCAGAGCUAGACUAUGGUUCUAUGAUGGACCACAGCCUCAACUGUUCCAGCAAAUCUGUAUAGGAAUUGGACGAAUAAUGGGAUACUGAAAGCUGUAUGUGCACUGCAGGGGGGGCAGAUAUAACAUGUGCAGAGAGAGUUAGAUUUGGGUGGAGUGUGUUAAAACUGCAAUCUAAAUUACAGUGUAAAAAUAAAGCAGCCAGUAUUUACCCUGCACAGAAACAAAAUAACCCACCCAAAUCUAACUCUCUUUGCGCAUGUUAGAUCUGCCCCACCUGCAGUGCACAUGGUUUUGGCCAACUGCUAACAAAUUUGCUGCUAUGAUCAGGUCUGAAUUAACCCCUAUGUUUGAAAUGUCCUAAAUCCAGACUGUUCCAUAAUGUUAUAAAAUCUGAAAUACCCUUACAUGAUGUGGAUUUACGUAAACGCAAAGUCCCACAGAAGCCAGGUGUGAUGUUCUCAGCGCACACUUCUGGGUAUUAUGGUACUGUAAAUAUCUCUUAUUCUUUGUGUGAGCACAUCCAGCCAGGCUCAUAUGGGACCUUGCACUUAACUAAGGGGGUAAUUCAGAGUUGAUUUGUAGCAGUAAAUUUGUUAGCAGUUGGGCAAAACCAUGUGCACUGCAGGGGGGGCAGAUAUAACAUUUGCAGAGAGAGUUAGAUUUGGGUGGGUUAUAUUGUUUCUGUGCAGGGUAAAUACUGGCUGCUUUAUUUUUACACUGUAAGUUAGAUUUCAGUUUGAACACACCCCACCCAAAUCUAACUCUCUCUGCACAGGUUACAUCUGCCCCACCUGAAGUGCACAUGGUUUUGCCAAUCUGCUAACAAAUUUGCUGCUUUGAUCAACUCUGAAUUAGGCCCCAAAUCUCUACAUUGGGCUUCAUGAAAUGUUUGUCCUUGAAUCAGGCAGUGCAGUAUGUGCUAUAAGAGCAUUUCAGUCUUCAUCCAUUGGAAAUAUUGCAUCAUGUUUUAUUCUACAGUGUUUUUAUUGUGAAAUUUCAUUUUCAGAGAUGUUUCCCAUACCAGUAUGUAAAUGGCUGUAAAGAAUUAAGUUAUGAGAUGUAUUAUUUGUACUAAGGCAAUACUACAGUAAAAAGUAUAGAAAAUCUAUGUAUUAUAUGUUGUGUUUAAAUUAGAAGGUUUGGUGAGAUGAUAUUUUAGCCAUGUAACUAAUGCAGUUAACAAUGUUAGCAAUGUGAUGGAAGUCACAUUAUAUAAGCCAUAUAAACCUGUGAAGUAUGUGAGAACCAUUUCUUCUGCCUUUGUCCAACCAGUCUGUUCCCAUGUUUCAUAUUAUCAGUAUUAAGGGGAUCAUUCCGAGUUGAUCGCUUGCUAGCAGUUUUUAGCAGCCAUGCAAACGAUAUGCCGCUGCCCACUGGGAGUGUAUUUUAGCUUAGCAGAAGUGCAAACAAUUUUAUCGCAGAGCGCCUGCAAAAAUUUUUUGUGUAGUUUCAGAGUAGCUCAAAACCUACUCAGCGCUUGCGAUCACUUCAGACCAUUCAGUUCCGGAUUUGACAUCACACACCUGCCCAGCGUUCGCCCAGCCACGCCUGCGUUUUUCCGAACACUCCCUGAAAACGGUCAGUUGCCACCCAGAAACGCCCACUUCAUGUCAAUCACUCUGCAGCAAGCAGUGCGACUGAAAUGCAUCGCUAGACCCUGUGCAAAACUGUAUCGUUCGUUGUGCCUGUAAGUUGCGCGUGCGCAUUGCACCGCAUACGCAUGCGCAGAACUGCGUUUUUUUAGCCUCACCGUUGCGCUGCGAUCAAAUGCAGCUAGCAAUCAACUCGGAAUGACCACCUAGGUGUCAAUUGGUGCAAACUCUCACCAAAAGCAUUUUGGCUUCAGUCUGAGCUGUUUCUUGUCUGGUAUUGUUUUAAUAAUGGACCCUUUAUGUACAAAGGCCAUAGAAAGCCACCACCUGACCACAGAGAUGGCUGUACUUGUACGACUUCAUUUAUAGCAUACAUCACACAUUCAUCAGUUCUCAUCAUGUCUGUAAUCUACCUGCAGUUAUAUUAAUACAACAUCAUUCUAACGUCCUUUUGUGAUGUACAAGGCAUCUGAAUUGCCAAAUGUAGUGCUUUGAAUUUAAGUGCAAUUUAUCAAACGGUGCAACACUGAAACUAAAAAAUGAAAGUGAAAAGCAAUAUAAUUUUUCAUGGACACUUGAGAUGUAGAAAAUAUUAAUAUUAAAUAUUAUAGUUAAUACACCACUCAUACCAUUAAAAUUGCUUUGUCGUUCUCUAAAAGCAUUACUGAUCUGUAGACUGAUGUAUCACAUGUAUGACAAGUUUGCUUCUGUAGAUUUUGCCUAGUGUUCUUAGAAUCCCUGAUGGAGUUGUACAGCUAAGUGUUUAAUGGCAUCUGCGUCAUAUGAACUGCUCUAGCCAAUCUGAUGCCCCCUUUAUAGCACUGAGAAUACUGCCCUCCCCCUUUUCAAAGCACUGCCGGCUACAAGCAAUCAAAUCUUUCCGAUGCCAUGGAAUGACGCUUAAGUGUACAGCUCCUUCAAUACAUAAGUUACUUGUAUUUCCCAUUGUACCUGAUUAAAUGCAACUUGCAUGUCACCAUUAAGUGUUGAUAGAGGUUUCUGCCUUGUAUUAUUAUUUAACUGUGUGAAUAUUGUUUUAACAUUUAUUCUGCUGCUUUUAAAUGACAAAAUAUUUAGUAUCCGUUUUUUAAAGAGAAUCUAUUCUGGCUCUUUUUCAUGGUGGUGACUACUGAAGGUAAAGCCGAUCAGGAGCUGAUAGGGGGCCAUUUCCUGCAGCAUGUUUUAUUCAUUGUACUGCAGUCUAUGGGCGCGCGCCUUUCCGUGGAGAGACCAUACCCUACUGCUUGCUGUACACAAGCCAUUUUUCACUUUAUUAGAAGAGCCAUGCUCAGCCGUUACUUUCAAUACUAUGAGGGAGAUUCAAUUGUUUAAAAAGUCGGUUGGGUGUUUGUUUUUUCCUACCUCAUAGACAGGAAAAACAGACACUCAACCGACUUUUAAAACAUUUGAAUUCCCCCCUAUAUGUUCCAAAUAUCCUGUAGUUUAUGGGUUGUAGCCUUUAAGAGAGAAAGAGUACCAACCAGUCCGCUCCUAACUGCCGUGCUGUAGGUUGUGUUUGAAAAAUAAAAUCAGCUUAUUGGUUGGUACUUUAUCUCUUUCCAGGGCUUAGUAAAUAGACCUCUAUAGUUGAAAUCCCUUUUGCCUCUUUUUGUUUUUCUCCUGCAAUGGCACAGCCAUCCUAACCCUUUACUCUUUAAUGUAGAUCAGAGUCAGGAACUGAAUACAGCAUGCUGGCAUUUUAGCGGUCUAACAGCUGAAGAGCAGCAGAUGCCAUCCCAUGUCCAGGAGCAGAAUAGCUUGACAUACAAGCAGUACAUUGUUUAGUGAUUUAUUAUUACACAUCGUUUGGUACUAUAAGCACUCCUCAUGUGGCGGGGGCCCCCAAACUAUACAUGUACAACAUUUAGAAAUAAUCAUGCAGUGUCACGCACUGUGUAGGAAUAUACAUGUACAUUAAUCAGUCGCCUAUUGUUAAAAUGAGCUCCUCUUUGUGAAGCAUGGUUAUGUUAGAAACCAUGGUGAAUAAAGUGACAUGUAGAAUAUAAUGUGUAUACAAUGGACUCUGCCACAUAUAAUGACUUGGAGAAUAGUUAGGAUCCUUAUGAAAAUGUCUGUUUUUACUGCCUUGAGAAAUCUAAAUAUGUAUAUGUAAUAUAUCACGUUUGAUGUAGAUACUGCAUUGUGUUUUUACUUCUUUAUUAAAACAAAUGUUUUAUUAAUUCUAAAGAA